UUGUUGCUGUCAGUGUGUUUCUUUCUUUUUCCAAGAUGGCUGAUCAGACAGAAAGAGCCUUUCAGAAGCAGGGAAACAUUCCACUGAAUAGGAAGAAGGGUGGCACCAAGAAGGCCCUUCGACUGCACAGGGAUGUUGGAUUGGGAUUCAAGACGCCACGCGAGGCCGUCGAUGGGUCCUACAUUGACAAGAAAUGCCCUUUUACGGGCAAAGUCGCCGUUCGUGGUCGAAUCCUCACGGGAAUUGUCCAGAAGAUGAAGAUGCAGAGGACAAUUGUCAUCCGCAGGGACUAUUUGCACUACAUUCGCAAGUACAAUCGAUUUGAGAAGCGCCACAAGAACAUGAGUGUCCAUCUCUCGCCCUGCUUCAGGGAUGUGGAAUUGGGGGAUAUUGUGACUGUCGGUGAGACUCGUCCUCUGUCCAAAACCGUGCGAUUCAAUGUUCUCAAAGUGAGCAAAGCUUCAGGAUCGAAGAAGCGAUUCAAGAAAUUCUAAUUAUAUUGAUGAAAAAAUAAAAUCAGAUGAUUUUAUGAAAGAU